AGUCCCGCUGCCGGGCGAGCGCCGCUGGCGGGGGGCGCAUGCGCAGUCUCGGCCGCGGCGGCCCCUCUCCACAGCCUGAGGGGGUACCGGGGAGCCUUGGCCCCUCCGCGCCGCCGUCUUUUCCGGCAGUUGGGGUUCUUCCUUUUGUCCGGUCCCGUCGCGGAUCGGCAGCGGCGCUCAUUCGGAGUCCCCGGCGUGUCGCGGUCGCUCUGGAGCCGCCCGCACGUCGUGUCUGCGCCUUUUCUCGAGCCGUCGGCCCCGCGCCUCCCUCCCCCCUGGGUCUGCCAUGGCAAUGACAGGAUCAACACCUUGCUCAUCCAUGAGCAAUCAUACGAAGGAGAGGGUGACAAUGACCAAAGUGACACUGGAGAAUUUUUAUAGCAACCUUAUCGCUCAACAUGAAGAACGAGAAAUGAGACAAAAGAAGUUAGAAAAGGUGAUGGAAGAAGAAGGCCUGAAAGACGAAGAGAAACGACUCAGAAGAUCCGCGCACGCUCGGAAGGAGACAGAGUUUCUUCGAUUAAAGAGAACAAGGCUUGGACUGGAAGAUUUUGAGUCUUUAAAAGUCAUAGGCCGAGGAGCAUUUGGUGAGGUGCGGCUUGUUCAGAAGAAAGACACAGGGCAUGUGUACGCAAUGAAAAUCCUGCGCAAAGCAGACAUGCUCGAGAAGGAGCAGGUUGGCCACAUUCGUGCGGAGCGUGACAUUCUAGUGGAGGCAGACAGUUUGUGGGUUGUGAAAAUGUUCUAUAGUUUUCAGGAUAAGCUAAACCUCUACCUAAUCAUGGAGUUCCUGCCUGGAGGGGACAUGAUGACUUUAUUGAUGAAAAAAGAUACUCUGACAGAAGAGGAGACUCAGUUUUAUAUAGCAGAGACAGUAUUAGCCAUAGACUCCAUUCACCAGCUGGGAUUCAUCCACAGAGAUAUCAAGCCAGACAACCUUCUCUUGGACAGCAAGGGCCAUGUGAAACUUUCCGACUUUGGCCUUUGCACAGGCCUGAAAAAAGCACACAGGACAGAAUUUUAUAGGAAUCUGAACCACAGCCUGCCCAGUGAUUUCACUUUUCAGAACAUGAAUUCCAAAAGGAAAGCAGAGACCUGGAAAAGAAACAGACGCCAGCUAGCCUUCUCUACAGUGGGCACUCCUGACUACAUUGCUCCAGAGGUGUUCAUGCAGACAGGGUACAACAAGCUCUGCGAUUGGUGGUCGCUCGGGGUCAUCAUGUAUGAGAUGCUCAUCGGCUACCCACCAUUCUGCUCCGAGACCCCACAAGAGACGUACAAGAAAGUGAUGAACUGGAAGGAGACGCUGACCUUUCCCCCAGAAGUCCCCGUCUCCGAGAAAGCCAAGGGCCUGAUUCUGAGGUUCUGCUGUGAAUGGGAACAUAGAAUCGGAGCCCCUGGAGUUGAGGAAAUAAAAAAUAAUCUUUUUUUUGAAGGUGUUGACUGGGAACACAUCAGGGAGAGACCAGCUGCCAUAUCUAUUGAAAUCAAGAGCAUCGAUGAUACCUCAAACUUCGAUGAAUUUCCAGAGUCUGACAUUCUUAAGCCCACAGUGAGCACAAGCAAUCAUCCAGAGACGGACUACAAGAACAAAGACUGGGUCUUCAUCAACUACACAUACAAGCGCUUCGAGGGCCUGACAGCCAGGGGGGCCAUACCUUCCUACAUGAAAGCAGCAAAAUAGGGCCUGUGCUGGGAACCCUAAAUGGGGCAGUGGUCUCUAUACAACAUUGUGGUUUUCCUCUUGCGCUCUUGAAAGAACUUCCAAGAAGUUUGUAGAACUCAUUAAUACAUCCUAGUCAAGUCUCUGAAAUGUGAUUGUAAGUGGAUAUUCCUCCACGGUGCACCGGGAGCUGAUAGGACAGAGACAGCAUUUCUCCAUCGGCCAUAAGCAGCUGCUUGCUUCUUUUGAAGCCCCAUGAGCCAGUUUGGUAUGUGCUGUAAAGAGAAUUUGAUUUCCCCAAGUUGAUCAGAAUGAAGGGGAAAAGCAGCUGCCCACGUUACUGAGCUUACACACACUGAGUACCAGCCAACGCCCUGUGCUGUGGUGAUGAUAUGCCACCUGCCAAGCCCACCAAGUAUUUUUCUCCUUAUAGCUGAUCUGUAGUUAAAUAAGGCAAUAAUGAAAGUCUGUGUGAACAGCCGACAGUGUGGCAGAAGGAACAAUCUCCGUCUCGCGGGUGCUGGUGGUUUCUCCCCGUACCUUGGCCCUCGCAAGUGGCUUUCCACAGCCUUCAUUCAUGGUGCACUUUACUUAUGGUACUAGGACAAAGACCUUGAUCUACUGACCUGUCUCCCAUCCGAAAGACUCGUGCUGCUCUUCUGUUGAUGGGAGAGGUACUAGUGUGAUCCUUUUUGAUCUUAGAAAGCCCACAAAGCCACUGGGCACUGCCAAGGAGUUCUGGACCAUGUGGACAACCCUUACUUUCCCUUCACGGCUGUAGAUCAUCUUGAGGCACACGCUGCCUACCAGCAAGCAAUACCUGCAAGUGCUGCCAUGCAAGUGUCCACAGCCUCCUUGGGAGUCAAGGCAGGACCAGCCCCCUGGGUCCUUGAGCUCAUUCCUCAAUCCAUGGUGCAACCGUGUUUGUCUUGGUAUUUCCUUACCCCAACUUCAGCCAUUUUGCCUUGGAAUCAUGAUUACAAAAUUUUCCUUUGCAGAUGCCUUCUUGGGGCAUUCUUGUCCCUCCACCCAAAAGGGUUGCCUGCAGCUUGGGCUGACAUGCCUCUGCUGUGGCGUUCUCUCAUGAGAAACACUGAAUUUAGCACAAAGUGCCUUCUCUGUCACAGCUGCUGCCACCUUUAGAAGACUUUUGCUGUGUCAGAAAAAUGUGGAGGUUCCAUAUUAAUGCAUUACUAGAAUUUGGUUUUAAGUGUUGAUAACUGUUAAGCAUUAUUUGCACCUGUGUGGUAAUUUGCAGUCAUUGGCCAAGCUACGACUGGGAUCGGCCCUCUGCUGGUCCCGGAGUUUGUGAAGGUCAGCUCAGUCUUAGCCAUUCAGAGGAUAGAAUGUAAGACUUAAAAUUGUAAGCAGAACUGCUUUGGGUUUUCAUGUCUUAGAUGAAGAAAAAGGAAUGUUAGGGAAGUCUUAACUCUGGGUUAAGAUGUUAGCUCCUUAAUCCUCUAUUCAGAGCUAAUGCAAAGGAAAUAAAAGGGCCUGUGCGUGGCUUUGUGUUCUAUUGAUAGACAGUUGAGGCUCGAUCCCCGUGUGUUUGCAGGAGUGUGUGGUGAGCAUGGGAGAAGUAAUAAGAAUAGUGGUAGAGUCAGUGUGGUGGGGAUGGUUCGUUUUGAGGGGAAAUGUCCACAUUUUAACUAUUCAACUUUUGAAUAAACUGUGAAAACGAUAAUGGAA